AUGUCUCCUUCUUCCUCGGCAACAUCAACAACACCAACACCUCAAACAACAUCUUCUCAGCCUACCAUGUUGCGGAAUGGAAUCAUGAUGGUUGGCCAACCGCCCAUAUCCGCACAACAUCAUCAUCCAACGAAUGGAAUGAUAUCACCAGGAGUGAAUUUAAGUGGUAAUGGCAUGCUUUUGGAGAAUCAAAAGUCUUUAAACCCUACUACCACCACGCCCAUGAAUCAUGCCAUUGAUAUGCAAACGAUUCUUGCAUCCAUGGUGAAUAAGAACAUGUCUGCUGCUGCUGCUGGAAGUAUGAUGAAUGCCAACAACAACAAUAAUUCUCUCACUUUGCAAUAUUCCACAACGACCAAUCUGACCACCAACAACAAUCAUCAAGUCAAGACAUCACCACACGCUCAACAACCGUACAUGAACUUGGACAAUCGAUCGUUACAAUUGCUAAUAUCUCAAAUCAUGUCGUCGAAUGGCAAUCCCACUAACAACAUGCAAAUCAAACAACAACUACAACAAUUACAGCAAUUACAAUUAAAUCAUCAAAACAACAGCAACAACCAAACUCACAACAUGGGCACAAUGCCAACUACUACUACUUCCAACAACAUGACCGAUUUUUCAACCACCAAUCAUUCCCAACCAAUGGUGACGAAUGGCAACAACAACAAUCAUCAUACACAAACUCGAUUCACACCUCCAACACCAACAACCACUUCCUCCUCUCCUCAAAACAACAACAACCAAAAUCACAACAACAACUUACCUUCACAGUUUCAAGUUAGCAGCGUCAAGAAUCAUACAAUGAAUGGCUCUUCUUUAAGACCUUCCUCAUCGCCUCCUCUCCAAAAUCAGAACAACACAAUGAUGAUGAACGCUUCAGCGACCACUCCUACCAUGAAUCAACAACAACACCACAAUGUUUCAUCAAACAUGACCUCGUCAUCCACUCCUGGUACGCCUACGACCAACAUGCAAGGUCCGAACAACCAUGGUACCAUCUUUAAAACCAUGAAUGGUAAUGUUCACGGACAUGUCAAUGGAGUGAAUGCAACCUCAUUGAAAACCUUUUAUAUUUUCAAAGAAGAGUCCAUGGAGGAAUUAUUACAAGAAGGAAUAUCCAAUACACGCUCAGCAUUCGUGCUAAAGAAUCAAGGUGUUGUUUCUUCAGGCAUGAAUUCAGGAAUGAUGAAUGGAAUACCUCCUUCUCCAAUUUCAUCUUCAACAACACCAAACACUCCACAACAGCAACAGCUCAAUAACAAUUCGAGUGCAGCUCUGUAUGCUGAAUUAGAAAAUGAACUGAAACGAUACAAUAUUUCACAUAAUCUUUCACAACUAGGAAAUGUGAAAAAUCUAAACACGUCUUCAACGACAUUGACUGCAACCAACCAACAUGCUUUAACAACAGAUUCAAGUACUAACAUGUCUCCUCCAAACAGUACAUCUACAACGAAAAGGAAAUCGAGUCCAGAAAUUUCUGAAAAUAAUAAUGAUCGAACACAAAAGAAAAAGAGAUAA